UAGUAGAAUGAAUGUUUUAUUUUGAAGAUCCGGGACUCCUCCCAGUACUUCCGUGUUUGAGUCUGUCCUGCGUGUUUCUUGCUUUUGCUGCAGACUCAGGAGUAUCUUGUGGCUACUGUUUUGAGAUAAAUAAUGUCUUUGGAGGUGGAAUCCGCAGACGUGAUCCGUCUGAUUAUGCAGUACUUAAAGGAAAAUAAUCUGCACCGGACUCUGGCCACCCUGCAGGAGGAGACCACAGUGUCUCUGAACACUGUGGACAGUAUAGAGAGCUUUGUGGCAGACAUAAACAGCGGCCACUGGGAUACUGUCCUGCAAGCCAUCCAGUCCCUCAAGUUGCCAGAUAAGACCCUGAUAGACCUUUAUGAACAGGUGGUGUUAGAGCUGAUCGAGUUGAGAGAGUUGGGUGCAGCCCGUUCACUCCUCAGGCAGACCGACCCCAUGAUCAUGCUGAAACAGACGCAGCCAGAGAGAUACAUCCACCUGGAGAACCUGCUGGCUCGCUCUUACUUCGAUCCCAGAGAGGCGUACCCAGAUGGCAGCAGUAAGGAGAAGCGUCGGGCGGCCAUUGCCCAGGCCCUGGCAGGGGAGGUCAGUGUGGUGCCACCCUCUCGUCUCAUGGCUCUGCUCGGACAGUCUCUGAAGUGGCAGCAGCAUCAGGGCCUGCUGCCUCCUGGUAUGACUAUCGACUUGUUCAGGGGUAAAGCUGCUGUUAAAGAUGUGGAGGAGGAGCGCUUCCCCACCCAGCUCUGCAGACACAUCAAGUUUGGACAGAAAUCUCAUGUGGAGUGUUCCCGAUUCUCUCCUGAUGGUCAGUACCUGGUCACUGGAUCUGUGGACGGCUUUAUCGAGGUCUGGAACUUCACCACCGGAAAAAUCAGAAAGGAUCUGAAGUACCAGGCUCAGGAUAACUUCAUGAUGAUGGACGAUGCAGUGUUGUGUAUGGGCUUCAGUCGAGACACAGAGAUGUUGGCCACCGGAGCCCAGGAUGGAAAGAUCAAGGUGUGGAAGAUCCAGAGUGGUCAGUGUCUGAGGAGGUUUGAACGCGCCCACAGUAAAGGAGUAACAUGCGUCAGUUUCUGUAAAGACAGCAGCCAGCUCCUCAGUGCCUCCUUCGACCAGACAAUCAGAAUCCAUGGGCUGAAGUCAGGUAAAACUCUUAAGGAGUUCCGCGGCCACUCCUCAUUUGUGAACGAGGCCACCUUCACUCCAGACGGCCACCACAUCAUCAGCGCUUCCUCGGACGGUACAGUCAAGGUGUGGAACAUGAAGACCACGGAGUGCUCCAACACCUUCAAGCCUCUGGGCACGUCAGCUGGCACCGACAUCACAGUCAACAACGUCAUCCUGCUGCCCAAGAACCCGGAGCACUUUGUAGUGUGUAACCGCUCCAACACGGUGGUCAUCAUGAACAUGCAGGGACAGAUCGUGAGGAGUUUCAGCUCCGGUAAGAGGGAAGGUGGUGACUUCGUGUGCUGCACUCUGUCGCCCCGCGGCGAGUGGAUCUACUGCGUGGGUGAAGACUUUGUGCUCUACUGCUUCAGCACCGUCACCGGCAAGCUGGAGAGAACGCUGACGGUCCACGAGAAGGAUGUGAUCGGCAUCGCCCACCACCCCCACCAGAACCUCAUCGGCACCUACAGUGAGGAUGGUCUGCUGAAGCUCUGGAAGCCUUGAGGUGUUGACCCCAAGCUGAGAUUGGACGUUCUCACACAGCAGCUGCUCUCCUCACUCUGGACACUGCCCUGCCCAUUUUUUUUUUUGUCAUUUUACAUCACUGGGGAGAUCAUUGUCUUUCAAAUUAAUGUGAACUCAAGGUAUAUAUCUUAAUGAUCUCAAUAACACCAACUGCAUGCUUUUUGAAAAUGUGUACAGGUGUUUUUUAAGGUUUUUGAUUUUUUUUUUUUUUUUUUUUUUUUUACAUUGUAGCCGUACAGCUGAAUAUUAGCAACUGAUGGCAGUUUGGGUGUUUUGGAGUGUUUGCACAGGAGAGCCUUAUUUAGCUGAACCUGUAAGUCUGAAAAACUGUUUCCAGGUCGUCCAACAAAGAAGUGAUUUAAUGUGUAUCUUACAAAGCAACUUCAUUUGCUUUUAAGUUUAUGCUAUUUAUGAAUUUGUAAGAGUAGCUGUCAUGUUGGUUAAGUGGUAUAUAUGAUUUUGGGAAGAAACUCUUCAAAAUGUAAAGCAGACAUACAAUUAUUACAAAUACUCUCUGACUGUUCAUUACACAUAUUAAGAAAGGUGCUUCCCAAUUUGUCCAGAUUUUGAAAAAAGUCUGUUUCAUUCAUUCGUCCAUGAUAUUGUUUCAGUUUCAGUUAAAAUAAAUAAGGUUCUGCUGUUCACCACCUGAUUUACAGACAUUCAGUAACUUCUUUUUCUUUCAACUUCAGAGAGAGGAGGGGCGUUGUCAGAUGUUCGGGACGAGGAGUGUAGAUACUAGACUCAGUUCUUGUUUUGAAAAGUCCACUUUUUGUAAAUAUAUUUUUCAUUAGCAAAUUUGUUUUUUCCAAGAAGACCUGGUUAAAUAGUGUUUUGUUGUUUGUGUCUAUUUUUUUCUUCUUUUUAAGUUCCAACAAGAAUUUAAUGACAUCACCUCCAAAAAUUUUUAUAUAUAUUUUGUUUGCUGAAAUAAUUUAGUUCUUUCAACAUGGAGAACCAAAUAAUACAUUCAAUUUAUUGUUAGGCAUUUUUUCCACAGUGAGUACAUGCAUUUGGAAUUAGACUUACCUUAAUGGAUGUACACAUUUCCCACUAAUAUAUCUUGUCUGUGCCAUUAAAGCUAUUUAACCAGAA